CGCAUGCUCAGUUCAGGAACAGGUUGCUUCGAAACUCAGCCGGGAAAUGAACAGCUUGGAUACUCCCAAAAAGUCAUCCAAGGCAGUAUUUCAGCCUACUUAAUACAAUAGAAUUGUCUCCAUCGAUAUUUUAUUAUCUUGCACUUGGCUUACAAUUCAGAUUGAAAUCAUGCCGGUUUACACCGACCAAGAUCCAUUGAACAUGGACAAAUGGUUACCGAAGACUCUGCAAAGCAUACCCCUACACACUUUAACAGCAAAGUCUGAGUGUGCUGGAAAAUAUGUGAAGGGCAAAGUGGUUUGUAAGGGUCCUUUGUUAAAUAUGGGCGACCAUGUAAAAUACCUCCUAAAGUCUGUGAUUCAAGAAGAUGUCCCCAAACAGAGCCAAGCAUCAAAUAACAUAUCCAUCAAUGUCGUGUUGUUUGGAGGGCUGGCCAAGGACUUCUCACAUGCUGUCAAUCAAGGGGAUGUUGUUGUGUUGUGGGGCUUUACGGUGAGUCCCUCUCCCACCUUUGGGAAAGACAAACUGCAUCCCUGUAACCUUAAUUUGAAUGGCGCCGAGGCUCAUGUUCAUGUUUGUGCUGCUACAGCGCCUGCAGCAGGAACAUCUGGAGCCAGCGCUACUGUCCUAAAGCCUGCUGCCAAGUAUAAGUAUGUUCCACUGAAUGCGCUGAAACAUGGAUCCCAGGUGAAUGUCUACGGAGUCGUGACCUUUUUUAAGUUGCCCUUCCCCACCAAAGGAACAGAUUACUGUUCAACUUUGAAGCUCACAGACCCAUCGGGGGCUACAGUCUGCUGCACUAUCUUUUGUGAAAACCAAGAGAACCAUCCUAAAAUAUUCAAGGCGGGCGAUGUCAUCCGGCUGCACAGAGUGAAGGUUCAGACCUUUGGGGGCGCGAUGACUCUGGUCACCUGCUGGGGCUGGUCUGCACUGACCUUUGACGGUGCGGUCAGCAGCCCCGUGGUGCCGAGGACCAACAACAAGUCGUUCCACUUUAGCGAAGAGGACCAGCGCAUGGUGACGGAGCUGCGGGAGUGGGCAGCCCACGGGCUGACCGCCCUCCGGGACCCCACCGUGCCUCUCUCCGCUGUGCUGCCCAAGCAGUACUUCGACCUCACCUGCCAGCUGCUGGCCAAAGCUCGCCUGGACAGUGCCUGCACUCUCCUCAAGGUGUGGGAUGGCACCCGAAACAGCUGCCCUUUCCUGACUAUCCCAGUGGAGCCGGAGGCUUUGGAGGGAGACUGUCCUGCUGGGAGAGACGGGCAGAACCUCAUCGCUGACGUGCUGGUUUACGACAACCACGUGGAGGUUGCUCAGGCCCUGAAGCCUGGCAUGUUCUUGUGCAUCUACAACCUGCACGCUGUGCCACAGGCGGUGCCUGGAGAGGACUGCUCAGUGAGAGAGGUCCUGAGCUUCCACCUGCAUGGGGGCGCGUCCUACGGCCGGGGGCUCUGUGCCCUGCCCUCCAGCAGCCCCGACGUGGCCAAGCUCCAGAGAGCGCUGCAGUCCUGUGCUGAACAGAUGGAGGGGGACAUGAACAGCUCCUUGGAUGACCUGUCCUGGUUUACAGCAUCACAGUUCAUUGAUGGAGUCACUUGGGAAUGUCAAACAGUGCGGAAAUGCACACAUACUCUUCAAAAGGUGUCUUUGGCUCAUGUGAAGAGCUCCUCCCCUCCUGGGGUGUUCCAUGUUGAAGCCCAGGUCAAGUCCUAUCAGCCCAAGAGACUCUACCAGUGUCUGAAGCUGUUCUGUUCCCAGUGUAAAACCAUUGAGGAGAUUCCAGACCCUGCGACUCUGAGGGCAAGGUUUGGGCAGGCUGUGAGGGACACCAGGCCCUGCCGGGCAGCCUGGGCUGAUAGCGUGACCACGGAUACCCAAGAUCACAGCCGGCAGAUCACCCUGCAUGUGUCCUCCAAGAGCCCGGCACACAGUGACUCUAAACUUAUCUUUGUGCAGGGUGCAAGCUUUGACGAAAUAUGCCACCUCUCGUCUGAUGAGGAAUUCUUGAUUCCUGUGAAGUCCUCGAGGGGCAAGCUGACCUUCCUUGACAGCAUGGUCCCUUUCCUGUUCAGAGGGAAAAGGCAGUUUUAUGGCUGCAGACAGUGUUCCGUCCGAAGACUUGUGAAGUGUGUUGAAGGCAUAGAGGUCUGGAAUGAGAGGAGCAUUUCUGAAGGCCUGGGGCUCCAGCUGAUGGAGUAUGUGUUGGUGAUGAAGUUUGAGCUGGAUGAUGGCACAGCCACACUGGAGGCCUUGCUGUUGGAGGACUCUGACAGCUUCUUCCAUGUCUCUGCUGAAGAGCUGACCCACAGUCAGGAGGCACAAGAGAAGAUCCAAAAGAUCAUGGAUUCUUUACACCCACCAGACAACAGCACGUUGCAGCGUCCUUGGUUGGAACUUUGCCUGAGUUUAUAUGCUGUGGAUGAAAACGGCCAGAGAGAGGUCCACUGCCAGAUUGUCAACACCCAGACCAGGGGAAGUGCUGUAGAGCAAUAAGAAGCAUGUUUGGAUACUGUAUUUAUAUGUGUAUACUGUGUUUUGUAUAAUAUGUUUAAGUUAAGUUCUAAGCAAUUUAAAUAUGUUUAAGUUCAAGAAAUCUUCAUGUUAAGUUAAGUAAUGUGAAUGUUGUGUUCAUAUAGCUGAUACAGCUUUUUGUGCUGUAAAAACCUCUGAAAACAUCUUUGGAAGUAUUGUUAAAUAAAAAAACUAAUUCUAAUUGCAA